UGAAACAAAAAUAUAAAGAACUGAAAUGUCCAGCAACCGGCGUGAGCACUGAGGAUGGAGAGCCCACAGCAACAUCAUGGAAGUGGUAUAGUACCAUGGAUGAGGCAAUUGGGAGCAGACCCUCCAUCACACCACCUGCUCUCGUUGCCUCAUCUGGGCCAGAUGUUGCUGUGGCCUCUUCAUCCUCAGUGAUGGCAGCACCUGUGAGCAAAAAAAGAAAAGGGGAUCUCACCGAUCUGAUAAGGGAGAUGGAGGAACGGGAAGCGGAGAGAGAGCGGGAAGCAUCGGAGAGGGAGGAAAGAAGAUGGCGAGAAAUGGAGGAGAAGGAAGACCGGAGGGAACGAGAGAGACAGGAGAGAGAGGAGAGACGAGAAAGAGAAGCAAGAGAAAGAGAAGAGCGAUGGCAGCAGGAAACAAGGACCCCAGUGCUUCUGGAGCAAGGACACACUGGUGGUGGUGGCGGAUGCAGAGAUGGAACCAGCAACCUUCUGCUUACCAGUUCAGCAGUUUAGCUAACUACACUACAAAAGUAGUCAUGCUCAUGGAGAGCAGCCACACAAAUGUUUGGGGCAGACACAGCUGCAGCCAGGUUGUCCCGCACGUGAUCACCCACUCUUGCCUGAGGGUUGUGG